AUGUGCGAAACAACAAGUCAAACGAGUUUUGAAGCGCAACAAGGCAUCAGAUUGGGCCUGAGCUCUCAAGCUCUGAGCCUGAGCACCGCCGCCGCCGCCGUCACUGCCGCGCCGGCCGCCUGGCAAGCUCUCAGCCUGACUCGACCUGACUCGAGUGAGCUCCCAAGCUCUCAGCCUGACUCGAGUGAGCUCCCAAGCUCUCAGCCUGACUCGAGUGAGCUCCCAAGCUCUCAGCCUGAGCUCUCAACUGCUCAACCUCAACCUGAAUUGUCUCAUGAUGAUGCCGAAAAUUUCGUUUACACUAAGGAUUCGAAGUGUCCUGGGCAGCCGCACAUUGGCAAAUUUUUGAAUAGCGUGGGCGAAAAUCUGACCGAUUGGCCAAUCGCGCCUCCCUGCAAGACGUUUGAUCAGUUUUGGCAAGACAUUCAAUCGAAAAUUUCAAAGCCUCACCACGAGAACCCCAUCAAUUUUGACUAUGUCGAAGACCCGGAGGCGCAAGAAGCGUUGGAAAUUGCAUAUAAUGAAUACAUGGUCCCAGUUUUGUUGAAGGUGUUGCAGAUGGUAGCGAUCAUUCAUGGAGUGAAAGAUCUACCGCAUGAAGAGCUAUGGAAACGUCUUGGAAAUUGCUUGCGGCCACGAGAAGAGUCAAAUGUGUCGCCAAGGAUGAACCCUUUGUUGAUUGACAAAGUUAUCCUUGGCCUAAUGCAGAAUGAGAACGUCAAGAAGUGCAUUGAAACAAAAAUCCCUACCGACGAAAAAUUUGAAAAGAAAUUGAAAUAUGUUGCCCGAGCAUACGCGCCGAAUGUCAAUGAAGCAUGUACUGGAGUGCAUGCAUCCAGAAUGCCUAUGAGGUCCUACAUCGCGUAUCAUUCACACGUGAAAAGAUUGAAGAGGGUUGCAGUUUCUGCGAAGCUAAUCUGUAAGACGAGGGUCAUGAAGAAAAUCUGGCUGAAGAAAAACUUGAAGAUGUUUUCCACUCGAGACCAUGGCCAUGGACUCAGUCUCAAAACUAGUCUCACCAUGAAACUCAAGCAACUUGGCCUAGACCGUGAGAACAUCAUUGCUAUGACUUUGAACUCAGAUGCUGCGCUGCUUAUCCGGAAUCUCGGUGGAGACACCAAGCAUACAGAAAUUAGUUUCACGGUGUUUGUUCCCAAGAAGUAUUGCAAAAAUCUUCAGCAAUGGGCGGAAGAGGAAAAGCGCAUAAGACAAGCUUCGGACGCUUGUACCCUAAUGAUAAUUCCUUUGUCAGACACUACAGCAACUCUGAAAUUCAAUUUCUGGGAGCCCUAUCAGCCUGACAUAGUAUCCAUUCUCAGAGAUGAGCAGAUUUAA